AUGGCUCCCGAUAACCAUGACCACACAUUGGGGCAUGAGUCAAUUCAAUUAGUCAAUGAAUCUAAAGAAUUUUCUACUGAAUUGCUACCCUAUCUUCAAAAAAUUGCAUCUUCAAACGUUGAUAAUUUAGUACAACCGCAUGAAAGUUACCAUGUUAUAUCAGUCUUCGGCUCACAAUCUAGUGGUAAAUCAACUCUAUUGAACAUCCUUUUCAAUACCACUUUUGACACUAUGGAUGCUAAAGUGAAAAGACAACAGACAACAAAGGGUAUUUGGCUGUCCCAUACAAAACAAGUAAAUACGACAAAGUCCGCAAACACACCUUUAGCUUCUGAUAUGUUUAUCUUAGAUGUAGAAGGCUCGGAUGGUGCUGAGCGUGGUGAAGAUCAGGAUUUUGAAAGAAAAGCUGCCUUAUUUGCAAUCUCUGUUUCUGAAGUUCUCAUAGUUAAUUUGUGGGAACAACAGAUUGGUUUGUACCAAGGUAAUAAUAUGGGCCUUUUGAAAACCGUUUUCGAAGUUAAUUUGUCUCUAUUUGGUAAGAGGCAUGAACAUAAAAUUCUCCUUUUAUUUGUCAUUAGAGAUCAUGUUGGCGUCACGCCAUUGAGUAGCUUAUCUGAUUCGCUAAUUAGUUCAUUAGAAAACAUGUGGAAAGAACUAAACAAACCCCAAGGAUGUGAAGAUCUGGCUUUAUAUGAUCUUUUCGAUCUAAAAUUCGUCGGUUUGUCACAUAAAUUGUUGCAAGAAGAAAAAUUUGUUAAUGACGUUAAAGCAUUAGGUACUUGCUUUUCAUUCCCAGAAAAGGAGGAAUAUUACUUCAAAAAGGAAUAUCAUCAUCUGUUACCUUUGGAUGGUUGGAGCAUGUAUGCAGAAAAUUGUUGGGAACAAAUUGAACAUAAUAAAGAUUUGGAUUUACCCACUCAGCAGAUUCUUGUGGCAAGAUUUAAGACAAAUGAGAUUUUGAACGAAUCUUUUGAUGCUUCAUUUAUCAAUGAUGACACAUUCAACUCAGAAUUGAAGAUUUUGAUCGAUGAUAUUGACUUAAAAGAUUCGUUGUUUGAACUAUUGAAAGUUGCCAAGAAUAAAUGUAUUGAGCAAUACGAUAUCCUGGCUUCUCGUUAUAAUAAAAUGGUCUACAUGGAAAAUAGAGCUGAAUUAUUGAAAAAAAUAAGUAGCUUUCUGUAUGAUAAUGCAGUCGUUGAGCUAUCUGAAAAUUUCAUCAAUAAGUUAUUUACUGAUAUGGAAGAUAAAAUGAAGGUAAGAGCGCAGGGACUCUCAUUCUCCGAACAGUUAGAUGAUUGCGUUGAUUCAAUAAAUGCAGAUUACGAUUUGUUGCUCGAUAAUUUUAUGGAUUCUGAAUUAAUUGUCAUAGAUCUAAAGGAAAGUUUGAAAGCUAGACUAGACGACUUGCUUUUAGGGAAAGUUAAUGAGCUACGUACAAAGGAGACUGAUUUAAUACUCUCACGUAUCAGGAAAAAUUUAAAGUUUUCAAUAAAAGAGCAAAUUCUACCUUUGCUGGCAAAUCCCACUUUACAGAUAUGGGAUGAUGUCAUGUCAGCAUUUUAUGAUUUGAUUGACGAAGCUUUAGUCCCUUUCAAAUCACAAGAUUCAGACGACCUGGACUUUGGAAUUGGUUUAUCAGAUAAUGAAGAUAAAAAUAUUGCCGAUAGAAUAAAGCUAUCUGGAUGGCUAACAUUGACGGUAAUGAUUCAUGAUUAUUUGACGGAGGAUACAAUUGUAGGCUUACUUAGAGAUAGAUUCGAAAACAAGUUUAGAUUUGCUGACGAUGACACUCCUAUACUGUGGAAAAAUGAACAACAAAUAGAUACCUCCUUUAGACUUGCUAAAGAGCAUGCAAUGGAGAUACUAUCUGUACUGUCCAUCGUAAAAACUUCAGAUAACGUGGAAGUUGUACCAGAAAUCCCUAAUUAUCUUUUGGAAAAUGAAUACACUGACGAACUUGGCAUAUAUCAUAUUGACAGGUUUGCACAUAUCCUGAAUGAAUUACAGAAGGAAAAAAUCUCGAAACAGUUUAGAAGACAAAUUAAUCUGACCGUACUCGAUGCUAAAAGAUCUAUUAUUACAAGCACCAAUCAUAUACCAAUGUGGAUAUAUGCGAUUAUAGUUGUAUUAGGAUGGAAUGAGUUUAUGCUGGUAAUAAGGAACCCAGUUUUUGUAACGUUAUUGUUAAUCGGUUCUGUUGCAUUUUAUUUUAUUCACAAAUUUGACCUCUGGGGUCCUGUUUUAAGUGUAGUAAAUACAGCUAUAGGAGAAACUAAAGAAACUCUUAAAGACAAGUUGAGGACGUUUGUUCUUGAAGAGGACUACGCCACCGCCAAAAACAGAGACAUGAAAGACACACAAAGCUUCGAAACGGAAAUUGUUAAUGAAAAAAUUGAUAAACUCGAUGAUUAG